AUUGUCUAUUUACUCUAAACAAGAACUUAAAAACGUGAAUUUUUGAUAGCAAUAUAUACCGAAGUUGCAUAUAAGUGAAAAGUCACAGUAGUCAGUAGAAAAAAAUGAUGGAUGCAGAAAGUACAAUACCAGUUCUUGAUGAAUCUGCAGAAGCUCCCCCUGUCCCAGUGACAUUCUGCCGUCAAGUAACAAGUGAUGAAUACAAAAGGCAAAAGACCUUGACGACCAACCAAGCUGUCAGGGACUUAUUGUGGUAUCUAGAAAGUGAACCAGAGGUUUUCAAAAAGAUGUUGAAGAAGAGAAAACAUGAUGACCUGGAAAAUGCUGGCUUAUUCUCUUGUUUGAAGGUUAAACUCUUGUCCAUGAUACAAGGCAAUAAUUACCAGGACAUCACCGAUGAAGAGUUCGUAGAAAAGUUUGCCGAGUUGAAAUCUGGGAUGAUGAUGGCUCUCAACAGUGAAACAGAAAUGGAUUGUCGUCGUUAUUCUAAACGCCUUGCUGCAAAACGUCUUGAGAAAGAGAACCUAAAUGAUAUAAAAGUUUCUGUCAGUAUAUGUCCAAGUGUACCACAGCCUGUGGUUGCACCCACUGUCCAAGCUGGACCAGUGUUGACACGGCCUCCUUUAAGGGCAAGCUCUACCCCAGUUGGUUCUGAGAACAUAACUAUGAAGCCAGCUAUGAAGUUCAAGAGAACAAAGCAGGAUUUGGAUGAUUCGUUUAACGAAAAAACCAUGGCUAGUAUCCACCGAGAACUCCUCAGAAGCAACCCACAGUUCCGCCAUAGAACAGCAUUUCAUAGGGGCUCCCCUGGCAGGACACCCUUCAGUCACAAAAAGGGAUCAAGAAAACAUGAAACGUCGAAUGCAACUGUGAAUACCCUAAACCUGAGCACGAUGAGCAUCGAGGAAUCGCUUCACCAAGCCUUCAACAAUAUUAUCCAGAAAAAGUUCACCAAGUCGCCAAGCCCUACAUCUAGUCCAAGUAGUGCUGCUGGUUUUCAGGCAUCUGGUGACGAUUCUAAUUCUGUUAUUGAAUGGGAGGUGUAGACUUCGGACAAUACUACUUGGGUAGUUACAAGAGAAAACCGUGCCUUAUUCAUGACAAUUUAUUCUGUGAAUCUCCAGCUUCUGCUUAUGGUGGUGGUUGUUACAUGUACAGAGUCCAUUCAAGUGUGUAUAAAGCCUGUAAUGUUUAGAACUUGAUUUUCAUCAGCAUAAGAUUUGUGGCGCUGCGUGUCCAGUCAUGACCAAAAAUGUGAAUAGCGUGAUAAUUCAAACAGAUUUUGAAUUUUUCCAUUUUAGGUGCAAUUUGAUGAUGGAAACAACGACGGUAGAGUUGGAGGUGACUGGGCUGCCAACAGCUUGUUAAUAAAUCUGUUGGUCCUUUAAAGCCUGUUUCUCUAGUCUGAUGAGAUGCAUACACUCUAGUGGGUCAGUGGGGUUGGCGAUUGUUGUUAUUUUGUUUGUAAGUCAACAAUGCAUGACAUUUUAAGAUAACUCUUUUUCAAUCAGGCAUAGUUUAGGCAUUAUACAGAGCCAUUUUUAAUGGCUUUUUCUAGUGUACUAGUGUACAAGUAAAGAUAAGUGUAUUUUAUAUUGUUCUCUAGGUGUAAGUAUACGUACAAAGCUUGCAAAGCAUGAGGUGAAGGUGAUUAUUUUUGUGACUUUUAUCUCUACGAUAUAUGUAUAUACUGUUGCUUGUGCAUGUAGAUACGUUUAAUGUCAAGAAUGGUUGGGAAUGGACUGGCUACGAACUGCUGGAAAUUGCCAAAUUUUCCUGGGCGUAAUAUAUUCGGUGAUUUGGGGAAUUACCUAGAGUCGACAAUAAAAAACCUAUCCGCCAUCUGGUUUUUCAGGUGUAAAUUAUCAAAAACUUAUUGGAACGGUUUUGAACCAUAGAACUUGGGAAUUUUUUUACAGCAGUAUGGAUUACCCCAGGGAAAAUAGUACCAAGUGUAUGGACCUGGUAAAUAGCAAAAGAGUUAAGCAUCUGAUACCAUGUGAAUGCUUUAGUCAUGUUUUUUGUGCCAUGGGGUAUGAAAGGGGAUGGCUAUUCCCCAUUUUACCUUAAUAGUACAUGUAAUUAGUGUAACUAAUGCCGUUGUCUAGUCUUGUUUCAAGAGUUUGUAUAAAAUUUACUUGUAGGAACACAUUAUUUUAAAUUUGAAAUAAAGUAGAAGGUGAGGCUUGAUGCUGAAACCAUGUUCAGGCUCCCUAUCGAAUUUCAUAGUAUGAUACAACUUUAUUGGAUCACUCAUAGAAAGCAUUUUUGCAUAUGGUUGAAAUAUUAUUUUGUAUAUGCAUGUACAGUAGGACCUCUCAUUCAAGGACACCCUUGGAACUGACAUAUGCUGUCCUUAUAAGAGAGGUGUCCUGAUAACAGAGGUCAAAUUGAAUGGAAGCAUCCAUUUUGGGACAAGAACUAGUGUCCUUGAUAGAGAGGUGUCCACUAAGGGAGGUUCCACUGUAUCUCAUUCUGAGGAUAGUUCACUCGUAACUGAACUGGGCAUUGAUGUUACACUCACGAUAAAUUAUUUUGCAGUUUUAAGCAUGUUUCUUGGUAACACCACACACCACACAAAUGU